AAUCAUUUCAAGAACCAGCACCAACCAACACUAGAGAAAUAAAUAACUCAUUAAAAAAAACACAUCUCAAAUCUCAGAUCAAAUAUUUUGCAGAGUAUCUAUCAACCAUCAAUGGCGGAUUCAUGGAAGAAGAAAACCAGCGGGAGAUUAAUAAUGCAUAAAGCAUGGAGUCUUGUGAGGAUGGCUCUUCUAUGGGCAAGAAAAGGUGGAGCUUUCAAAAGGUGGCCUUUGCUUGAACUACGUAACUUGUUCUCCAAGCAUCUCAAAGCCCUAGCUCAUCAUAACAACAGUGACCGUUCUCUCUCCCGUUACGGGGAACGUGAGCUUUCCUUUGAUGAAACGCCGUUGUUUAACGUCAAGAAGAAGAAGAUACAUCGUCCUACGUCUAUGAGGUUCCUCCUUCCAUGCAUUGGUUCUCCCAUAGAAUUUGGUUAUGAGUUUGGUAUUGACGCUGACGGUCAAGAUUAUUCCGAUGAGGUGAUAUCGUACAGUUACGAUGAGUCUAGUGUGGAAGAGUGUGAUCGUACGGUUAAAGAUGAUGAGGAAGAAGAAGAGAAAGGGGUGGAUGUAAGAGCAGAGAAGUUCAUUGCUAAGUUCUAUGAGCAGAUCAAGUUGCAGAGGCAAAUCUCAUAUAUGAAAUACGGAGAAUAAGCAUAAUUAUUUGUCUUUAAAAAAGCAUAGUUAUUUAUGGAGUUUUUUUUUCAAUUUUGAAGGGUGAUAUUAUGUAUAUAUAUGAUUGCAACUUGUUUUUUAUAGUACUCUACCGGUACUUGGAUGUACCUCUAUCCUGCGAUUAAAUCUUUCUUGCAGGUCCUCUCA